UGUACCCACUUCUGAACUACGUUAAUGGUGUUAUUCCUCCAUAGCUGACAGUCAGAACGACGACGUUCCGCCCAUUAAUAUUCUCGUCUGGUUUUCUCUGACACCACAAUAAAACGCCCAAUAUCUUAACUAUGACCAGUUAAUGCUCUGUGUGUAUGUGUGUGAAUAUGGGGUGGUGGUGGGAUUGGUGGUGAUUGUGAUUGCAAUGGGUGUGUUGUUUGAAGGGAUGAAAUGAGAUUUUGGAGAAUUUGAAGGGAGAAAGAAGGAUGUUCAAGCUGCACAAGCACAAGUCUAAAUCAGGGUCAGGGUCAGGGAAGAGAAUAGAUUUCAGAUUCUCUAAUUUUCAGGCACUUCAGGUACCAAAAGGAUGGGAGAAGCUUUCUGUGUAUGUCGUUUCUUUGGAAACUGGGAAAACAACUUCCAAGACAAGCAAAGUAGCAGUAAGAGAUGGAACUUGUCAAUGGACCGAGACACUGAUAGAAUCUUUAUGGGUUUCACGUGAAUCAAAGGAGUCUGAAGAAUGUCUCAUUAAGCUUUUCAUGGGUUCGUCCAAAUCUGGUAUUCUUGGAGAGGUUAUCCUCAACCUAACAAGCUACAUGAAUUCAAGUGCAACUGUUCCUCUUUUAUUUCCAUUGAAGAAAUGCAAUUAUGGGACAGUUUUACAAGUCAAAAUUCAGUGCCUCACACAAAUAAGAGACAGGGAUGAACAAUGGAAAGAAAGAAGUUCCCAUCUGGAAGAUCUGAAUGCAGACUAUUAUGAUUUGGACAACCGAUCAAAUAGGUCUGAUAAUGCAUUUGCUAAGAAUGUUGGAUCUACUUCUAGUAACCUUUUGAGUAGCACCUCUCGUCCAGGAGAACUUGGGAGUAGGGACCCAAGUUUCUCAGCGUCAGGGUCACACCAUAGUUCUGACUCAGCCGAUAGUUCCACAGACAAGAUGGACAUUUCCCCUGGAAACAACUUGAGUGGCGAUGCAUAUGAUCCAACUGAAAUAAAAGAUUCAACUGGUUCCCAAAGUAGUUUGCCUCGUGGUGUAUCUCCUAUUUCUGAUAAUUCUCAAUCUGAUCUUUUAUCAUUUAAUUCAAGGGCUUCAGAUUCAGCCACCAAAGGCUUGCUUGAAGCUUCAGAAGAAACAAUUAAUGAGCUCCGUGCAGAAGCAAGGAUGUGGGAAAGGAAUGCUCGGAAGUUAAUGCUUGAUCUGGAAUCAUUGAAGAAAGAAUUUUCUGACCAGUCAAGAUACCAGGCAGAUCUUGAUAUGGAGCUUUCAGAAGCAUGCACCGAACGUGAUGGGUUGAAACAGGAAAUUGAACAACUUAAAAUAUUGGUGAAGGAAAUGACAGACAAAGGAACAGAAACUGAGGAUUCAAAACUAAAAGCAGAAGGUAUGAGCCAUAUUCAGAAGGAAUUGGAGGAUGAGAUAAAAUUUCAGAAAGAAUCAAAUGCAAAUUUGGCUCUACAACUAAAGAAAACUCAAGAAUCAAAUAUUGAGCUUGUUUCUAUUCUUCAGGAACUCGAAGAAACAAUAGAGAAACAAAGAUUGGAGAUAGAUAAUCUUUCAGAACUUCAUAGCUAUAACUGUAUAAAUAAUGACAUCAGGGAGUUAAAUUCAACAACAAGAUCUUUGCUCAAGAAAACAAGAAAUGCCUCUUCCGAUUCUAAUUCUGAAGAUGGUGAUGCUAGAAGUAGAAGUUUGCAAGAAAUGAUAGACGAAAAGUCUAACUUGGUUCUCCAGCUGAAGGAAUUGCAGGAAUCACAAGAGAGUUUACAAAAUACCAUUAAGUUACUGGAGAAAACCCUGGAGGAAAAAAACAAGGUAAUUGAGGUUGAGCGGAGCCUGAGGAACCAAGCUAUAUUGGAUGUGAGAAAGAAAUGCUUAGAAGUUGGUGCUUCCAAAGACUUUCUUGAAUCUUCAGAAGAAACAAUUGAUGAACUCUGUGCAGAAGCAAGGGUGUGGGAAAAGAAUGAUCAGAAAUUAAUGCUUGAUCUGCAAUCAUUGAAGAAAGAAUUUUCUGACCAGUCAAGACAUCAGGCAGAUCUUGAUAUGGAGCUUUCAGCAGCAUGCACUGAACGUGAUGGGUUGAAACAGGAAAUUGAACAACUUAAAAUAUUGGUGAAGGAAAUGACAGACAAAGGAACAGCAACUGAGUAUUCAAAACUUAAGGCAGAAGAUAUGAGCCAUAUUCAGAAGGAAUUGGAGGAUGAGAUAAAAUUUCAGAAAGAAUCAAAUGCAAAUUUGGCUCUACAACUAAAGAAAACUCAAGAAUCAAAUAUCGAGCUUGUUUCUAUUCUUCAGGAACUAGAAGAAACAAUAGAGAAACAAAGAUUGGAGAUAGAUGAUCUUUCAGCACUUCAUAGACUCGAGAAAACAAGAAAUGCCUCUUCUGAUUCUGAUUCUGAAGAUGGUGAUGCUGGAAACAUAAGUAGAAAUUUGAAUGAAAUGGUAGAUGGGAAAAAGUCUAACUUGGUUCUCCAGCUUAAGGAGUUGCAGGAAUCACAAGAGAACUUGCAAAAUACCAUCCAGUUACUAGAGAAAACCCUGGAGGAAAGAAACAAGGUAAUUGAGGAUGAGCAGAGCCUGAGGAACCAAGCUGUAUCGGAUAUUGAGGCUGAAUGGAGACAUAUGCUAUCCAUGAAAGAAGAACAAAUCACCAACUUAGAAGCAAUGGUAUCUGGUAAUCCCAAUGAUGAAAAAAUAGGGUUGGACCAUCGAGAUGAUCCUGAUCUUACUAAAGAAAUUGAAUCCUUGAAAGCAAAAAUUGAUGAACUAGAGAGAGACUUCAAUGAGCUUACAGAUGAAAACCUGAAUCUUGUACUUAUGCUCAAUGAAUCAAAAAAGGGUCUUCCAUCAGGAGGUGCUUCUUUGGAUGAUUCCAACAUUUUUAUCGGUAUAUCUGAGCCUGAAGUCAGAAACUCUGAAUCCCAAAUAUGCCAAUUGGAAAAUGAGCUACAGGAAGAGAUGUUCCCUGAAGAAGUUGCCACCAACUUACAAGCUGAACUGAUAGAUCUUGAGAACAAGUAUACUGAACUGGAGCUUCAGCUACAAAUCUUCAAGGAUAAAGCUUCUACUCUUGAUGCCCAACUUCACAAAAGCCAAGUUGAAGUACAAGAGAGGGAUUUGGAAAUUACUGCACUGCAACAACGUUUGGAGAGGUCUGAAGGUAGAAAAACUGACAAAGAGGACCCGUACAUUGUUGAUUGUGCUAGAUCUGAAUAUAUUGACUCAAAUAUUUGCAUAGAAAUCUCAAAUAUAUUCUCCAAACUAAUUAAUCAGCUUCAGCUGGCCUUAACUCAUGUAAAGAAGCCAUGGUAUAAGACUUAUUCUCAUGUAGAUACUGAAUGUGAAGAUGAUCUUGAUGGUAUCAUGGCAUUGAACAGUAUAGCUAUAACUAAUCUGAAAGAGCAAGGUGAGGCUAUUAUAAGAAAAUUUGUUAUGCUAAAUAAAUUAUUGGAAGAAAAUAUUACAGAAUGUAAAAAUGCACUUCACCAUAAAGAAGUAGAAAUCAGGGAGAGGGAUGCAAAGUUGUCUGAAUCAUGUAAAAGCUUGGAAGAAUAUGAGAAAUUGGAGAUGGGAUUGGAAGAGGACAUUGCAGAUCUGAGCAAGGAACUUAUAUCAAGGCAGUAUGAAGUAGAGGAGCUUGCAGCCAGUUUGUCAUUAAAGGUAGAAGAGAUCAAUGAUCUAAGGCGUUCUCAAACAGAGUUAGAACUUAAGGUUUCUGCUCUUCAAAAAGAAAAACGUGAAUUGGAGGAGUACGCAGAAAUUUUACUUAGGGAAAACGAUAUUUUAUUGAAGUGUUUGGAUAAUGUACGACAUGAUUUGGUGGUUCUUGGCAGCACUGUAUCUUCUCAUGUUUCUGCCAAUAAGACUCUUGAAUGGAAAUGUUCAGAGCUAGAAAGUGCAAAACAAGAACUGGAGGUCCAUAUAAAUUAUCUAGAAGAAGAGAAUGUACAGUUAUUAGAACGCAUAUCUGGCUUGGAAGCUCAGUUAAGGUAUUUGACAGAUGAUAAGGAGUCCAGUCGAUUGGAACUAGAAAAUUCAAAAUCUGUUUCCAGUGGUCUCCAGGAUGAGAUCAGAAGAUUGGAAAUUCAGAUGGAGACUCAAAAAGUGGAUCUAAAACAAAAGUUACAGGACAUGCAAAAACGGUGGUCAGAAGCUCAAGAAGAAUGUGAAUAUCUAAAAAAAGCAAAUCCAAAAUUGCAGGCUACUGCAGAAAGUCUCAUUGAAGAAUGUAGUUCUCUUCAAAAGUUGAAUGGAGAGUUAAGGAAUCAAAAGCUGGAUUUGCACAAACGCUGCAUUCAGUUGGAGUCCAAAUUGUUCGAAUCAAAAAUGCAUUUCUCUGAUUGCUCCAGAAAAGUUGAAGCUUUACAGGAAAAAUUUUCUUCAAUGCAAGAAGACGUUUCCUUGAAAGAAUAUUUCCUAACUUCAAAACUGGAUGCUCUCCUUCAGGAAAACAAGGAGCACAAAGAGAAACUUAUUCUGGAGAAAAACUUAUUAAAUCAAAAGUAUUUGGAAAAGACUGCUGAAGUUGAGAACCUCCAAAGAGAGGUAGCACACCUCGCUGAGCAGUUAUUAGCACCUGAUGAUGAAAGGGAGAGAAUAGCUUCAGAUGCAGUGCUUGAAGUAAUAUCUUUACGCGCAGAUAAAUCAAAAUUAGAAAGUUCUCUUCAAGAGGUCCAAGCUAAAGUCAAGUUGUCCGAGAAUGAACUAGAUGCCCUCAAAGUAAAAACUAAUAUGAAGGUACAAGUCUUGGUUGAUGAACUUGCUGCUUCCAAGAAAAACCAUGAAUUACUAAUAUCUGGCAAUGAAAAACUGAAGAGAUUGUUGGAGGCUACCAAAUCUAGUGAAGAGAGAUUCAAAAGCACUGUGACUGGUCUCGAGCAAAUACUUGCAGAUUCUGAGUAUGAAAGGCAACACCUAUUCGAAGAAAUUACUACCUUGAAAAUUAAACAGAAGAGGACAGCAGAACUUCAGAAUUUAGUUUUGUCUCUUAAGAGCUCACUUAAUGAAACUAAGUUUGAGAAGGAAAAACUUGAAACUUUGAUGCAGUUACUGUCUGGAGACUGUGAAGAAUUGAAAGCAGAGAGAGGACCAUUGCUUGAGAAAGUUUCUAGUUUGCAGAAGGCCAUGUCUGAAUUUGAAGAUUGCAGACGCAGCAAAGUUGCCCUGGAAGAAAAGGUUCUGCGACUGGAGGGUGAUCUAACUGCAAAAGAAGCAUUAUUUGCUCAGGAUGCUGGGAUAAAAAUUGAGCUUAGCAGAAUUAAAAGAACCAAUAGUCAAUUUCAGCGGAAAAUACAACACCUUGAGGAGGAGAAAGAUGAGUACUUAAAGAGAGCUCAAGUCCUUGAGCAGGAAUUGAAGCUAAAGAGAGAAGAAAACCGGUUUCAAAGUGUGUCCAGCAAUAAAGAUCUGUCUGGAUUUCCUGAAUCUAAUGCCAAAUUUAUGAUACAUGAAGAACUGAAAUUUUCAGAGGAAGGAAUGGAGAAGAAUGCCCACCAACAGAGAGAAAACCAAGAGAGGUCAUCUGUAGAGAUUGAUCAAAUAGGAGAGAUUCCACAAGAUCAACCAAACCUAGAUGCUGUCCAACACUUGGGAGAGGGUGAUAACCUUAAUUCUAAUCAUAUUAGAAGUCCUCAAGGUACAAGAGUUGAUCCCACAGUAAGGAUUCAGGCUCUUGAGAUUGAACUUUCUGAGGCUUUGGAAGCAAAUAAUAUGUAUAAAGAACAACUUAAGAGGUUAUUAGCUGAGGAGGAAAAUGAACAUUCAGGUGAUACUGAGGCCACUGAAGAUUUUACAAAAGAAGGAUACAAUGACAAGAUAUCAUCCCUAGAGGCAGAGUUGAAAGAAAUGCAUGAGAGGUACACUGAGAUGAGCAUCAAAUAUGCUGAGGUAGAAGCAGAGCGUGAGGAGCUUGUAUUGAAGCUCAAGGCACAGCCGCAAAGGAGUGGGAGGAGGUGGUUCUGAUGAAUCUGCUGCUUUAGCAGGUGGUACCAUGAGGCGAUCUAGUGAAGCUGCAGAACACCUGCCAAAAAAUGCAGAGGAUCUGAAUGGAUUCUUUCUGGGAGAUUGGUUAAGCCAAAAUCUGACCAGUAUGCUAACUAUAUAUGCAUAACUUCUUUUGGAUGGUUAUAAGUUUGCAACCUUGGACAGCACUAGGUGAAAGUUUAACUGCAGGAGUAUAUACGAUUUUUGGUACCAUACUGGAUUGAAGUGCACUCCAUAGUCCAUACUACAAAAGUUGCCCAUGCUCAUUUUCCUCCGAGUUUUCUCUAGGAGUUAUGUGAUUGGACACUAUUGGCAAGUACAGCAUGUAAAAUCUUUCUCAAGUCAUAGUUGCUUAGGCUUAUAAAAGUUAUAAGUUGUCUAUACCCUCCAAUGGAAGAAGAAGAAGAAGAAGAAGAAGAAGAAGAAGAAGAAAUAGUUGGGAUGCAUGGCUGUAAGAUGGGAACUUCCAAUGAGAAAACUGUGUUGAAGAUAGAGCUCCCUCUGAUGCCUACUCCUGGGGCCUGGCGGAAGUCUUCACUAGAGAAAAGCAUCGAGUUAUUUUGACCUGAAAUCAACAUCCAAUCGCAUUCAUCACUUCGAGAACCCAUAUCAGUUGUUGCUAUUCAGCCUGAUUGUCUAAAACUGGAUUCUCUUGGUUCUGUCAACAUGAAACCCAUCGGUUCCAAUUCCAAAUAGGUCGAGCUGUUAAUCUUGUGCAGUGUCUGUAGAAACUAGUAUGUUUCUUGGGGCGACUUUUCCAGAUGAUGCUGUUCCAAAUGGCUUGCCACCGGAUCGGUUCCCCUUAGAAUGUAAUAGCAUACAACUGUUACUUGUAAAAGAUGAUUACAGAAGAGAUGGAUAUCACUUUACAACCAACCCAAGAGCUUAGAACGGGCCACUCUUUCCAACGUGGGAUUAUAUUCAUUCCAUGCACUACUUUGAAUCCCAACAGAAGUAUAACCAUUGGUUUUCUUUUUCUUUUUCCCUGAAUCCACAGGCAUCAAAUCCCCUUUCUCAUGCUGCUGCUGCUCCUCUAACGGCAACAUCUCUGUGAAUGCUGUUGUGUCCAUUAAGUUAAGCAAGUUAAUGAAUGAUGGAUUUCAGCCCCUAACUCUCAACAAAUCACGAGUUUUGACUCGUAACAAAAAGAUCGUCCACCGUCAAGCUCAAACUUACAAGUAGAAAGCCUUACGUUUCAAUAACAAAUGCCAAUUAGCCAUGCUCUGUUCUACUCUACCUUUAAGUCGACGAUGCAGAAAGGAGCAAAAUGCGUUAAUCCAAUGCCCUCACUUUACUCAUCCGACAAAUAGUACAGAACUAAUUAAUCCAAUAAACUUGGGGAGAAAACUCUGCAUAUGGUGAAAUCGAUGUUUUACCUCUUCAAUUUCAACGCGGAAACAUCUACAGAAGCAGAUUGUACAUGUGGAGUCUUUUUUUUCUCUUCUUUACGAGCAAGAAUGAGCUACCAUCUAGUCAGGACUCAGGAGGGUACUAACAAAUACACGGUUCGGCUAUGUUAUGGCUAAAUAAAUCAAACCAUCUUGGCCGAUUCCUGAGAUUUUCCCGUUUGUUAUGCAUGUGGAUUAACGGAUUUCCUGAUAACAAGGAUACCCAGUUAUCAUAUUACCCAUCAUCCCCUUCAUUGUCACCCCCCAACUCCGGGGAUCUACAGCAUCAGGCGGUUGAUUGCAUACCACAAAUAACAGACUCCGAUGUGCUAGAAACAAGAUAUGCAACACCCAUUUAGAAAUAAGAAAUAAAUACAUCAGUGAUCCAUCGCGUAAUCCUGACCCAAAAAAUUGAUACAUAGUGCAAUCAGAUCUGUAGCAACUGACUGUUUACUUUUUGAUUGGGUGUUACAACUUACAAUCUUGUCUUUAGCAGAUCCGGAUUCUGCAUAUCUGCAUUUGAGCAAGAGGCAGUUUAUCUACCAAAAAAGAGCAAGAGGAAUGUGGGAAGUACACUGUCCACCUGGAAAUGAUGAAAAUGAAGCAUGGAACAGUGUCUUGCUUUCGUAUUUGUGUGUGCAUGUAUG